AUGUUUUUCUUCUUUUAUUUCUUUAUUUUUCUUAUCAAUUUAUCAAAUUCAGAAAUUUGUUCAACAGCAACAUGGUCAAAACAAGGUAUAACAGUUGCUGGUGGACAUGAUUAUGGAGAUAAACUUGAUCAAUUAGCUCAUCCUAUGGGAAUAUUUCUUGAUAAUAACGAUAAUAUUUAUAUUACUGAUGGAAAUAAUGAUCGAAUUGUUAGAUGGGAACAAAAUGCAACAAUUGGUCAAUGGAUUGCCGGUGUUAAAGGCCCAAAUACUAAUCAUACUUUUCCAUUAUUUAUUCCAUACGAUAUUAUUGUUGAUAACAAUGGUACUGUUUAUGUAACUGAUGGUGGACAUCAUCGGGUAGUUCGUUGUUAUCAAGAUCAAGAUGAAUGUGAAGUUCUUGUUGAUAAUAUACAAUCGACAGGAAUUGCACAAGAUAACCAAGGAUUUAUUUAUAUAUCAGAAUAUGCCGAUGGGCAAAUUACAAAAUGGAAUUUCAAUGAUAAUGAGUUUGAUGGAGAUUUUAUUGUAUCAAAAUUACAACAAUCAAUGUUCAUAUUUAUUGAUGAAAAUCGAACGAUUUAUUCAACAGGAUAUUUAACACAUCGAAUUGUUAAAAUAAAUGAAAACGAUGAAGAACCAAUUCUUGUUGCUGGUCAAUCCAACAAGGCAGGCGAUAGUUAUGAUCAAUUUGAUAAUCCAUCAGGUGUUUAUGUUGAUCAACAAGGUUCUAUUUAUGUUGCAGAUCAAGGAAAUAAUCGAAUAAUGCGUUGGUUAAAAGAUGCAACGAAUGGAACAUUAAUUGCUGGAGGAAAUGGUGAAGGUUCUAAUUCAGAUCAAUUUCAUAGUCCUACUGAUUUAUUUCUUGAUCGCGAAGGAAAUUUAUAUGUUUCUGAUAAAAUGAAUAAUCGGGUCCAAAAAUUUCUUAUUGAUAAAAGUUCCUGUAAGAAAAAUUAA